AUGAAGAAAUCAUCCAUUCAAAAUAAGCCUGAAGAAAUCGACUACGAAGCACUACCGUCUUCAUCACCGUUAUGGCAUCAGUUAAUUGCUGGUGCAUUAGCAGGAAUCAUGGAACAUUCUGUAAUGUUCCCUAUAGAUGCAUUAAAAACAAGAAUUCAAUCUGCUCACACCAAAUCAAUCUCAGAUAAAUUAGUGACACAGAUUACAAGAAUUUCAUAUGCUGAAGGCACCUUAGCACUUUGGAAAGGUGUUCAAUCUGUUAUAUUGGGCGCAGGUCCGGCACACGCAUUAUAUUUUGGUACUUAUGAAUUUUGUAAAUCCCAUUUAAUUGGUGAAGCCAAGAUAAAUACUCACCAACCACUGAAAACUGCAAUAAGUGGUGCUAUGGCCACCGUAAUAUCUGAUGCAUUAAUGAAUCCAUUUGAUACAAUCAAACAAAGAAUACAGUUGAAUACACAAUCAAAAUUUUGGUCAACUGCGAAGGAUAUAUAUAAGAAUGAAGGUUUUUCAGCGUUUUAUUAUUCAUACCCGACUACACUUUCUAUGAAUAUUCCAUUUACAGCAUUAAAUUUUGUUAUAUAUGAGUCCUCUAUUAAAGUACUGAACCCUGAAGGAACAUACAAUCCAUUCAUUCACUGUAUAUGUGGUGGUUUAAGUGGUGCAGUAUCUGCUGCAAUAACCACACCAUUAGAUGUUGUCAAGACUACCUUACAGAUACGAGGCAGUGAAACCGUCUCUGUUGAAGCCUUUAGAAGAGCAAAUACGUUUGCUAAAGCAACUAAGGCUAUUUUUCAAACUCAUGGUUGGAAGGGGUUUCUAAAAGGUUUGAAGCCAAGAAUUGUUGCUGCUCUACCAUCCACUGCUAUUUCAUGGACUACAUACGAAUGUGCGAAACAUUUUUUCCUAUAUAAUACUCAUCCUCCACAUAAUAAUCUUAAAAAAUAA